GCGAGAGUUCGUCGACCGAACGCCGGAAACAGUUAGUUGCUCCGUUGCGGCCGAAGGGGCGGGCUCGAGGUCUGAGAGGAGCUAAGCUGCUCGGUAGUGCAAGAUGGCGGACAUCUCCUUGGACGAGCUCAUUCGGAAGCGCGGGACUGCUGUGAAGGGGCGGCUCAAUGUCAGACCGGGAGUUGGAGGUGUCCGCUCUCGUGUUGGGAGCCAGCAGAGCCUCCUCAGCCAGCCAGCACGCACAGCCACCUUCCAACAGAGGUUUGAUGCCCGGCAAAAGAUUGGCCUCUCAGAUGCCCGGCUCAAGCUGGGCGUCACAGAUGCCCGGGAGAAGCUUUUGCAGAAAGAUGCUCGGUUCCGGAUCAAAGGGAAAGUGCAGGAUGCCAGAGAGAUGCUGAACUCCCGCAAGCAGCAGAGCACAGCGCCACCCCAGAAGCCCCGCCAGAUGGCCGAUGCCCGAGAGAAGCUCAGCUUGAAGCGGAGUUCCCCUGCUGCCUUCAUGAGCCCCCCCGUGGGGACAGUGACCCCAGCUCUGAAGCUCACUAAGACCAUCCAGGUUCCACAGCAGAAGGCCAUGACACCACCUCAUGCCCAUCCUGCUGGAAUGAGGAUCAACGUUGUCAAUAAUCACCAGGCCAAACAGAAUUUAUACGACCUGGAUGAAGACGAUGACGUUGCAGCUCCCGUUCCUAGUAAACAGAUGAAAUUCUCAGCCUCAGGCAGCUUUCUCCACCACAUGGCCGGGCUGAGCAGUUCCAAGCUUUCCAUGUCCAAGGCCUUCCCUCUCACCAAAGUGGUUCAGAAUGACGCGUACACAGCUCCUGCCCUCCCCUCCUCUGUCCGAACAAAAGCCUUGACCAACAUGUCCCGGACACUCGUGAACAAGGAGGAGUCACCCAAGGAGCUGCCGCCUGCUGAGCCUGUCCUCAGCCCUUUGGAAGGCACCAAGAUGACUGUGAAUAACCUGCACCCUCGCGUCACCGAGGAGGACAUUGUUGAGCUUUUCUGUGUAUGUGGAGCCCUGAAGCGGGCUCGGCUGGUGCACCCUGGGGUAGCAGAGGUGGUUUUUGUGAAAAAGGACGAUGCCAUCACUGCAUAUAAGAAAUACAACAACCGGUGUCUGGACGGGCAACCAAUGAAGUGCAACCUUCACAUGAACGGGAACGUCAUCACCUCGGACCAGCCCAUCCUGCUACGGCUGAGUGACAGCCCGUCCGUGAAAAAGGAGAGUGAGCUGCCUCGCAGGGUGAAUUCUGCCGCCUCGCCCAGCCCUCCUGCCGAAGUGGACCCCGACACCAUCCUGAAGGCGCUCUUCAAGUCCUCGGGGGCCUCUGUGACCACACAGCCCACAGAAUUCAAAAUCAAACUUUGAGAGGGGAGCGAGACAGCCAGGAGCGGGAGCAGAGGAGGGUUGGCUGUGUUUCCCAAAGCAAAGCUUGUGACCAAUGGGCCGUCGGACUGGAGGACCCUGGGUGGGGGUGGAGCACUUCCUCACUGGACGGGACCCACUCUCUGUGUAGUGUUACGUUAACGUUUCCUGUAGUGUGUUUCUUCCCCCGCCACCUCAGCACCAAGGCAGGUGUGUUGUUCAGAGAGUCUCCCCCCCAACCUCAGUCACAUACUGAUUCCUUGUCUGGAAAUGGUGCCCUCAGUUGUCUGCGUGGCUUUCUUGUGGCUCCAUGGAAUACAGUGCAGGGGCUGUUUGAGGGACACUGCUUUCUCCAGCGGGGAUGGGUUGCCUCUCCUUUUUCUUUUUGAAACUUUUCAGGUGGGGAAUGGGAGCCAGGUGAGUUCCAGAGCUGUGCCACCCACCUGUCUGGUCAGUGGAGAUGGCCUGGGUGGGGUCAGGUCACAGGCCUCUUGUCCCCUCACCACAGUUGGCUCCAGACCACUGUGGCAAGUGCAGGGAGAGGCUGCUGCUCUGCUGAGAAGAGUGCCCCCCAGAGUGACCCCUCAUGGUCUGGAGGGCUUGUGCUGUCCCAGGCAGCCCAGAGGAAAUCCUGAGAGCUCACGUUUCCCUUUCCCCUUGGGUUAUGCCCAGUGCUGCACCCCAGCUCGUGGCUUCUGAGUCUGAGUGCUAGGGGCUCGUGUUGUUAGCCCUUCCAGUUCUAACUAGCCCAGCACUUGUCACACCCUGGUUUUAGUGUCAGUGCCAGCUCUCCACUAACUGUGACACUGGGUUUGGAGGACUAUUGAAAGGGGAGAUGUUGGCUUGCUCCUGGCCCUUCCUUUCUGGUCUCGGAUGAACAGGGAAAUGUUCAUGAGUGCCAAGAGGCAUGUAUCCAGCUGCCACCAAGGGCACUGUCUCCACUAUUGUAAGGGACCCAUCAUCCAUGACCAAAGGGGUAUUUUCCUGCCUUGGCAGUGGGUGGGAGUGAAGUGGUGGGUGCUGGGGAGGGAGUUGAGAAAACAAAGCAGUCCUUCCAGGCACGUUCCCUUCCAGGGAACGUUGUUCCCUCAGCGUGGUUCCAGGGAGUUAGGGCAAAACUAGAACCAGGGGUAGCCCCUGGACCCCAAGACAGUGUUGUUCCAUGGUCAUUCUCAGUCUCCUUCCGGUUUGUUGGGACAGCAGAGAGUCUCCAGGCUGACGGAGCUGGAGAGAGUUGGGGAGCAGGAUUCUGGGAGCUCUGUAGAACCAGGAGCAAGUGCUGUGAAAGGCACAAGCCCAGAAAGGAAAAAGGGCCCUGAGACAGUAAGAGCGUCUCAUGACCUUCUUCCAGCCAGUGAAGAAAAUCCUGGCAACUCAUGUUUCCCCAGUUACAUCUGUCAGGCAGGAAGGACACAGGGUUUGAACCCAGCUCAGUCCUCCAGCUCUGAGGUUGCCCAAGAAUGCAGUUUUUGUUCCCUUUUUCCCCUUUGAACAGGUGCAAACUUAGUUCUCCUAGGCAGCUGGAAGACAUUCCUCCUACACUUCUCCCUUCUUGGCCCAAGAAAGCACCCAGGGCAGUAGGACCUGGUUUCUCAGGUCCUGAGCAUGCACGGUCUGGUCCUGCGGACUCUGCCCGAGCAGAGAUGCUGCGGUCCUGCCUGCGUGGCGUUACCCUCACCUCCCUCCAGCCCCAUCCCACGCCAGGCUUCUCUGGGUGUCACAGCUGCAGCAGCCUGGCCGUGGCUGGAGCCUGUUUGCCUCCCCUGCUGACAGGAUGUCAUUGUGGGAAACAGAAGGGAAGGUGCUGGGCCAGUCCCUGUGUCCGUCCUAUUCUCCCUUUCCCUGUAUUCCCCGUCUGUGUCUCUUGUUCACAAGGAGAGGAAGAAACGUUAAGGGAUGGAGGAGACUCUGUUACUUACCCAUUUCUGAAUAAACAUUUGUUAUUCCUA